UGGAAAUAGAGAGAAGUUUGUAUUCACCAACAUUUAAGAGUCACCCUGGGAGCCAGCCCGAUGAUUCUGUGAAAGAUUCCGACAAGAAAAGUGAGGAAACAUCUUUUGACAAGAUGUCAUCUGAAAGUGGUCACAGCCACAUCUAUGAAGUGACUGUUGGCCCUGAUAAGCCUGCACGUGAAUUUGCAGAAGACAGCGCUGCCUGGACUGAAGGUGUGUCAGACCUCCAGGAGGUGGUGCCAUUGAAGGAACGGAUGGCGAGGUACCAAGCAGCUGUUUCCAAGGGUGACCGCCACAGCUUCUCCGCCAAUAUGAUGGAGGAAGCAGACAUGUGCACAGUGCCUGGUGGUUUGGCCAGAGUGAAGAAACAAUUUGAGAAGGACAAAAUUGCUUCUUCCUAUAAUACCUUUUCUCAGCACCAGUACCAGCAUCAGACCAGAUCUGAGCAGGAGGUAAUCCGCAGCAGUCAGCUUGACACUUCAAGAAGCAGCCAGGAAAUGGGAAGAAAUGAACAGGAAGCUUCCAAAGCACACAAAAUGGAUGUUCUUGGAACAGAAACGGUCUCUCAUCUUGAAAAGCACACUGAGGAAAUAAACCAAGCUUCCCAGUUACAUCAAUAUGUUCAAGAAACAGUCAUAGAUACACCUGAGGAUGAAGAAAUUCCAAAGGUUUCAACUAAGUUUUUAAAAGAGCAAUUUGAAAAGUCUGCCCAGGAAAAGGUCCUUUGUUCUGACAAAGAAGCAACCCCAGCCAAGCAAAUUAAGAUUGAAAGUGAAUAUGAAGAGAUUUUAAAGCCAUCAUCAACUGUGGGUACCUCUUCCACUUUUUGCACUUCAACCAGCCAGAGGAAGGAAACAUUAACCACAAGAUAUAGUGACCACAGUGCCACUUCCUCAACUCUGGCACAAGUUCAUGCCAGUCCUUCGGGAAAGACAGAAGAAUUUCCUCCUCCCCCACCUGAUAUACUUCAAACACCAAUAGAGGUGACAGCAUUUUCCCAGUCCCCUGAAUUGCCCAGUCCUCCUAAAAUACCACCAGUCCCCAAAGAAUUAUAUUCCAAGCAAAGAAAUUUGUACGAAUUAAACCGUUUAUAUAAACACAUCCAUCCUGAGUUAAGAAAAAACUUAGAAAAAGAUUAUAUCAGUGAGGUUUCUGAAAUUGUUUCUAGUCAAGUGAACACAGGGAGCUCAGUUUCAGCGGAUGUACAACAAGCCCGGUAUGUUUUUGAAAAUACAAAUGACAGUUCUCAAAACACUCUUAACUCAGAAAGAGAACACGUGGAGUGGGAUGAAAUUCUGAAAGGAGAGGUGCAGUCCAUAAGAUGGGUCUUUGAGAAUCAGCCAUUAGACUCUAUCAACACUGGCUCUCCAGAUGAAGAUAACGUCUCCAAGGGCAUCGCUGAUCAAGAAAUCAUUGCUGGUGGUGAUGUGAAAUAUACCACAUGGAUGUUUGAAACCCAACCCAUAGAUACACUGGGGGAUCAUUCUUCUAGCAUUGAAGAAGAUGCUGAAAAAAUUCCCGAGCUAGCCAGAGGAGACGUCCGCACAGCCCGGUGGAUGUUUGAAACAAAGCCGUUAGACUCAAUGAAUAAAAUGCAUCAAAGUCCAGAGGAAUCAGUGAUAACUGCCGUAACAGACAUAACUGGGGGAGAUGUCAAGACUGUGAGAUACAUGUUUGAAACUCAACAUCUGGAUCAACUUGGGCAGCUUCAUUCAAUGGAUGAGGUUCACCUCCUGCAACUCAGAUCUGAGCUCAAAGAAAUUAAGGGAAAUGUUAAGAGAAGUAUAAAAUGUUUUGAAACUCAACCAUUAUAUGUUAUUAGAGAUGGUUUAGGUCAAAUGCUAGAAAUUAAAACUGUUCACAGAGAAGAUGUUGAAAAGGGUGAUGUGAGAACAGCACGUUGGAUGUUUGAAACACAGCCCUUGGACACAAUUAACAAGGAUAUCACUGAAAUUAAAGUCGUCAGAGGAAUAUCCAUGGAAGAAAAUGUCAAAGGUGGGGUGAGUAGGGCAAAGUGGUUAUUUGAGACUCAACCUUUGGAGAAAAUCAAAGAAGAGUCAGAAGAGGUCAUCACUGAAAAGGAAACAAUAAUAGGUACAGAUGUCUCCAGAAAGUGUUGGAUGUUUGAAACACAGCCAUUAGACAUUUUAAAUGAAGUUCCUGAUGCAGGUCUUCUAAGAUCUGAAGAGAAAAUAGGGGGUGAUGUACAAACUACUAAGCACCUAUUUGAAACACUUCCAAUAGAGGCUUUAAAAGAUAGCCCUGAUGUAGGAAAACUUCAAAAAAUCACUGCCUCGGAAGAAGAAAAGGGGGAUGUUAGGCACCAAAAAUGGAUUUUUGAAACCCAACCUCUGGAAGAAAUUGGAGAAGAUAAAAAAGAAUACAUACAAACAGUGAAACUUGAAGAAGUUGAAAGAGGAGAUGUAAGAAAUUACACACAUAUCUUUGAGUCAAACAAUUUAAUUAAAUUUGAUGCAUCCCAUAAAAUAGAGGUGGAGGGAGUCACAAGAGGUGCUGUAGAGUUAAAUAAAUCACUCUUUGAAACAACACCACUUUACGCCAUUCAAGAUCACCUUGGCAAAUAUCAUCAGGUAAAGACAGUCCAGCAAGAAGAAAUCCUAAGAGGUGAUGUAAGAAGCUGCAGGUGGCUUUUUGAAACACGGCCCAUUGACCAAUUUGAUGAAAGCAUUCACAAAUUUCAGAUAAUUAGAGGAAUAUCUGCUCAAGAAAUACAAAAUGGAAAUGUGAAAUCUGCUAAAUGGCUGUUUGAAACCCAACCUCUUGAUUCAAUUAAAUAUUUUAGCAAUAUGGAAGAAUUAGAAAGUAAAACUGAGCAAGCUACAGAUAUUGUUAAAGGGGAUGUCAAAACCUGUAAAUGGCUUUUUGAAACCCAGCCAAUGGAGUCUCUUUAUGAAAAAGUUUCAUUAAUGACUGGCAGUGAAGAAAUUCUUAAGGGAGAUGUCAAAGCCUGCACUUGGCUCUUUGAAACCCAGCCACUUGAUACCAUAAAAGAUGACUCUGAAGCAACCGUCAAAUUGCAAACUAUAAAACAGGAGGAGAUCCAAGGUGGGGAUGUUCAUACAGCACGUUUUCUUUUUGAGACAGAAAAUUUGGACAGCAUACAAGGAGAAGAAGGAAAGGAAAUCAAGACUGUGCAACUGGACAUACAAGCUGGGGAUGUCUCCAGCAUGCGGCAUAAAUUUGAAAAUCAGUCCUUAGAUUCUAUAAAUUCCAGUUCAGAGGAAGUUUUGAAAAAGAUCAAAAUGCUAAAGACUGAAGAUAUUCAGAAAGGCAAUGUUUUAAAUUGUAGGUGGCUUUUUGAAAACCAACCCAUUGAUAGGAUCAAAGAAGGCCAAGAAGAUGAUGAAUUAGUUAAGACAGUGACAGACAUACAAGGUGGGGAUGUAAGAAAGGGGUGCUUUAUCUUUGAGACUUUUUCUUUAGAUGAGAUUAAAGAAGAAUCUGACUCUAUCAGCACCAAAGAAUCAAUUACUGAAGAAGUAAUAAAAGGUGAUGUAAAAAGCUACAGAAUGCUCUUUGAAACCCAGCCACUCUAUGCAAUUCAAGACCGGGAAGGGCAUUAUCAUGAAGUGACAACAGUUAAAAAGGAAGAGGUAAUCCACGGAGAUGUACGAGGGACAAGGUGGCUUUUUGAAACAAAACCAUUAGACUCCAUUAAUGAAUCAGAGACUGUGUAUCUUAUUAAAUCUGUCACACAAGAAGAUAUUCAGAAAGGAGAGGUUAGUUCUGUCAGAUACAGAUUUGAAACGCAGCCACUAGAUCAGAUUUCAGAAGAACCACGUGAUAUUGUGCCCACUGUAGACCAUAUUCAAGGUGGGGAUGUAAAGACAAAUAAACAAUUUUUUGAGUCUGAAAAUUUUAAUAAGAAUGCUUAUAUAAGAACAGUAAGUGUCAAUGAAAUACAAAAGGGCAAUGUUAAAACAUCUACUUGGCUAUUUGAAACCCACACUAUAGAUGAGCUGAGAGGAGAAGGGUCAGAAUAUGAAAAUAUCAAAACAGUCACUCAGCAAGACGUGCAGAGCGGUGAUGUUAAGCAGGCAGUGUGGCUUUUUGAGAACCAGACUUUGGAUUCUAUUAAGGAAACAGAUGAAAGUGUCACAAAAAUCACCAAGGAAGAAAUCCCUCCUUCUGAUGUCAAGACAACUACAUGGCUGUUUGAAACUACACCCCUUCAUGAAUUUAAUGAAAAUGGGGUACAAAAGGUGGAAAUUAUUGGCAAAAGCAUUAAAGAAACCUUAGAAGAACUCUAUUCUCAAAAAGUUAUAGAGGCUCCUGGAAUCAUCAUUGAAGCUGAUGAAGUAGGGGAUGUUCGAAUGGCAAAAUAUAAGCUGAUGAAUCAAACAUCUCCUGAGAUACAGAAAGAAGAAGUUAUCAGGGUUGAUCUUAGAAAAAUAAUGCUGGGCCUACUUUCCAAAAGAGACUAUACUCAAAGAGAGAUUGUGGUUAGUGAAGAAGAGAAGGGAAAUGUUAAUUUGACCAAAACUCAGUUAUUAAACAGGUCAACAGAAUGUCAUGCUGAAAAAGAAGAGAUAGUGAGUGGUGAUGUGCAACAAGCAAUAAAAAACCUAUUCUCCGAGGAAAGAUCUGUAAAGAAAGGCAUUUUAAUUCAGGAGGAUGAAAGAGGAGAUAUUAAUAUGACCAUCUAUUGUCUUCUUCAUGAAAAUGCUGGUGAUACAAUUGAGCGUGAAGAGGUAAUAGCGGGUGAUGUAAAACGUACCAUUCAUAAUUUGCUAUCUUCCAUAUCAAACUAUAAAACAUCUGAAAGGGCGAAAAUCGAUGCCUCUGAGAGGGGAAAUGUUCAGUUUUUCACAACAUGCAUAGAAACUGGUGCUUUGGAUUAUCUCAAACAACUCCAGCUAGGGUCAGAUGAAACAGUAACAGCUCGAACACAAGAUACAGAGGAAGAAAUAAUUGGUGGUGAUGUAGAGGGCACAAAACUGUUACUAAAUAAAAGGCAGUCUCAGGUUGAACGUACUGUUAAUGAAACUGAUAUCAUUCCAGGAGAUGUGCAUAAUACAGUGAAAGUUUUCAUGACAGAGCCUCCAAGUACAGCUUGUAAAGCACCCAAAGAAGAAAUUGUAAAAGGUGAUUUGAAAUCAACCCUAAGUUCCCUCAGCCAGGCCAUAAAUCAGAAAACAGUGGCUAAAACAGAAGAGAUUAUAAAAGGCGACAUGCUGGCCACACUCAAGUCACUUAAGGAAUUAAGCCAACCAUAUAAGGAAUCUAAACAGGCCAAUGCCAUCCCUGAUGAUUUUGAGAAAGCUAUGGAAUGCCUUGAAAAGACUGCAAACACAAGGACAGAAAUCCUGAAAAAGGAGCUUCUCCGAGAUGACCUUGAAAGCUCAUUAAGAAAUCUGAAAGAAGCACAAAGAGCUUUCAAAGAGGUAAAUAAAAAAGGUGCAGUCAAAGAAGGUGUGCAAGCUGCGAUGGUAGAAUCCUCGCAAGAGCAGAACACAGAGAUGCAUCAGAUGGCUGUCCAGACAGACAGAAAAUGUGUUCUUCAGCCAAGACCAGGACCAUUGGAGCCAGUAGCCAGGUGGCGAGGGGGUACAGACACUCUCAGCCAAACUACCGGUAAAUCUUGUCACGGGAAUUUAAUAGAAGAAAGAACUGAGGUUGAUCUUCCAAAAGCCCCUAAAGGCACUGUAAAGAUUGUCGUAGAUCGUGAACAAAACAAUGAUGCUCUUGAGAAAAGCCUUAGAAAACUAUCUAAUUCACACCACAAGGCUAUUAAAAAUGUGUUGGAAUCAGGCGACAAAAUGGGUAGAUGGACUGAUACGACAACAGAGCAGCAUCUUAGAGAUGAACAUAUAAGCAGACAAUUGACUUCAACUGUGUCAGUUAAGGAAAAUCUAAAAACUAAGGAAUCAGAGACAGUGAACAAGCAGAAGGAUGCUGUCUUUAACUCUACCCAAUCUAUUGCUAAAGCAGUUGGAAAGCAACAGACUCAAACUUGCAAACUGAGGAAUGAGCACCAGAAGACUGAGUCUUUCCCUGUAAAGAGCUCUAAAAAUGUAGAAAACAGUAAAAUAUCUAUAAAUACACAAAGCUCUACUCGUAGUCCAACCCAGGGUCCAGUCAACAAGAUGGUUGGAGAAACUGGUGAAGUUUCAGGGGACUUUCAGAAGCAAACCUUAUUAAGGCAAGAGAUGAAAUAUUGUAAUAAAGAUAUAAAGAAAAAGAAUGGGAACCCUCAGCCAAUGUGGCAGACUUUGCCUGUAGAUCAAGACAUAUCAAAUAUAACAGAAGUCAAAGUCUUCCCAAAAAGCCACAAUAAAUUUAAGGCAACUGACAAAGAGCAGAAGGCUGAUGUUUAUCUGAACAGCCAGGACUUUCUAAUGAAGACAAAUACUUCCACAGACUUAAAAAAGGCAAUGGAAAUGUCCUUUAAUCAAAUCGACUUGAACCCUGAAAAUAAUGUAAAAGAAAGUGAGUGCCCUCUUCCACCUCCUUCUCCACCUCCUCCUCCACCUUCCAAUGCAUCAUCUGAAAUAGAAUUCCCUCUUCCUCCUCCACCGCCUUUAAUGAUGUUGCCUGAAAAAAACGGGUUUCCUCCCUCACUGUCCACAGAGAAGUUAAAGGCUGAAUUUGAGCAUUUCCCAGGCCUCCCUCUUCCUCCACCACCAGAAGAUGAGAAAGCUGAAAGAGAAUAUCAGUCAAUGUUUCUACCACCUCCCCCUCCUCCAGCUCCAUCUCUAAACCCAGCUCAUCUCCUUUCCUCCUCUGUUCAAGAAGAGCACAGCAGCGCAUUCGUACAAUAUUCCCAAGAAGAAGCCUCAAGGGCUCAACAAACUCAUUCUCAAGCUAAAAUCACAACAGGAAAAUCAGGAAAACGUCUGCCACCUCCCACAUUACCAAAACCCAAACUCCCCAAGCACUUAGAAGACAAAAGGUUUCAUGGUUCCCCAAGAACUGAACUGAAGAAUUCCCUGACAGAUAUGGAAUGUAAAAUCACUCCCUCAAAGGAUCAGAAAAGAGUAAUAACAGUGACUAGCAAUGAACAAACAGAGACGAAGCAGAACAUAUCUAGGAAAAGUCUUUCUGAAAGAAAACAAUUCUCUAUGGGCUCUACAAGGUCUCUCUCACAGACAAUUUCAGAAACUUUACCACCCAAGGAAAAACAAGGGAAAACACCUCUCGUCAAAUCUCAUUCAUUUCCUGCGGGUUCAGGACAACAAAGUCCAAAACCUUAUAUGAGAAAAUUUAAGACACCUUUAAUGGUCGCUGAAGAAAAAUAUAGACAACAAAGAGAAGAGCUUGAAAAACAGAAACAGGAGAGUUUUUGCUACAACAUAGUCAAACCAGAAUGCCCAAGCCAAAACAUAUCAGAGUUGGAAAAGCAAGUGCUCUUACAAAAAACGCAUGAGGCAGUUCCCCUCCCUGGAAUGGAUUCAGGGGUCACCGUGGCCCAACCCCACCCCAACUCUCAAGUACGAGGAAUGUGUACUGAUAACACGCUUCCCACACCAGCAGGACCAGUUGCCGCCGAGAGGCCCCAACAUGUUCUAGCAGCCUCCGAAGACAAAGGUGCCAUGAAAAAGGAAGUUUUACAGAGCUCCAGGGACAUGAGACUAUCUAAGUCAGCUUGUGACAUUCAACAGAGUUGCCAAGAACAUAGUACACAGCAAACACAGCCGAAGUAUCUGGGGCAGUUGCACUUGCCCCAAAGCAAACCAGCUUCCCCAAGUUUCAAAGUUAGAACCAUCAAGCUCCCAACUCUAGAUCAGAAAUUACAUGAGACAGACCACAGCUACGAAAGCCAUAAAAAGCAUUCUGAAGUUGAUGUGCAAACCAUUACCAAACAACAGCAUCAGGAAACCCAGGAAACAGAAGCAAGCACUGAAUAUAGUAAUAAGCAAUCCGUGGCUGAAAAAUAUCACCAUUUGCCUAAGAAGGAAAAAAGAGUAACAAUACAAUUGCCUGCAGAACUCUCAGGGAAAAGCCGUGAAAGUAAGUGCACCAUAGUUCAUGAGAAGCAAAGAGACUUUAGAAAAUCUGAGAGGGGAACACUUCUAGAAAGUGAAGGAACCAUUCAGGGCCCACCAGCCAUUAGUCCAAAAGAAGAGAGACUAAUAGUUGAAAGCAAACAAGAACAUUUAAAUAAGUCGGCACAGAAGGUAGUCAAGCAAAAGGUUACAGAGGCACAUAUUGAUUCACAGACUGAGAAUUUUCAGCAAACACAAAUACAGAGCUCUGAAAGUCAAGUUGAACAUAAAAAAUUGCCCCAGCCCUACAGUAAUCUUCAGGAAGAAAAAUGGCUUGGAGUCAAGGGCAUACAACAGAAACAAGUCUUUUCUAAUACUAAAGAUUCAAAGCGAGAGAUUACACAAAAUAAAUCUUUAUUUUCCUCUGGGAAAGAAUCCCAGAAGGAUAAUGGGAAAUGUGCUAUAAAUAUAUUGGAAUUUUUGAGAAAACGUGAAGAACUACAACAGAUUUUGUCUAGGAUAAAACAGUUUGAAGCAGAACCAGAUACAAAUGGCCUUAAGACAUUUCAGACACUGUUAAAUAUUAUUCCAGUAUGGCUAUUAAGUGAAGAAAAAAGAGAGUAUGGAGCUCGCAUUACUGUGGAGAAUAACAUAGAGAAAAUCAAAGAAGAAAUAACGCAUAUUAAAACUCAAGCAGAGGACAUGCUUGUGUCUUGCGAAAAUAUAAUUCAAACAGCCAUGACAUCCUCUAAAGCAGGAAAGCAGAGAAAUAAACCCACUGAGCUUAAUGAAACAUUAUCCAAAGUGCCUCAUGUUAAUGUCAACUCUAAUAAAAACACUGAGCAGGAAGAAAAUGCCAUUGUCGAAAAAACACAGCACCACCAAAUAGAAACCCAUUCUGCAGCGACCACUCAUAAUCAUAUGAAGACCCAUCAGAAAAUUAAAUUGGAGGAUAGCAAGAUUCCCCCUCCCUCCUUAAAAACACGCGCACCAUCUCCAACUUUUAUCACAAUCGAGUCCACCGCCCGGCGAACAGAAACCUCUACUAAGGAUGCGCUUUCUCAGUCCCCUGAAAAGGCGAGUUUUGCUGAACCAUCACCAAGAACGCCUGUGUCACACACAUCUAGCAUUCACAGUGCGACUACCUCCCCUUCUCCACCCAGGAGUCGCUCCGAACAACUUGUCAAACUCAAAGACACCACUGCCAAGUUAGCCAGGGGGCCCAUCCCCUGCUCCCCAGGAACCCCGGUUCCGAUUGUAGAGAAGAGGUCCGAGGUCAUCCCCUCGCCUGCAACCCUUCGCCGGCAGAUUAAGAUAGAAACUCGUGGGAGGGACUCUCCUACGAUAACCAUACCGAUCAGUGUGAAUCCCGUGGAGAGGGGCUCCUUCCGAGAAGCGCAAGAGGAAGUGAGGAAAGUAGAGGAAAGGGCGACUUACCUUCUCCAAGAGGGAGUGAAUGCCGCCCACGGCGUGGUGCCGGACACGGAGAGUUUUGACUCGGUGGAAAUCAUCCGCAGGGUGGACGGGCCUCGCCUGUCGGAGCACACGCAGCGGUACGAGGCGGCCAACCGGACCGUGCAAAGCGCUGGGCCGUUUGUGCAUGACCCCGACAGUGACAUCAGCAGAUGGUUCCGGGGAUUUGAGGAUGGCCCAGUCUUCGAGGCAAAGUCAAAUACCAGAGUUUAUGUCAAUGGAGAAGCAAACCGUAAAGAAAAGCAAGAAAGCCAUACGUUUCGGAAGGAGGAAUUUGGAUUGACAUCUUUAGAAAACUCGAGUUUCACAGGCUUUUCCAUUCCUGGGGGGCAGCCCAGGGCCCACGCUGAAGCGAGGCCUCCAGGGGAGCUCUUCUCCGGGGUGGAAGCCUUCGAGAGUCAAGUUGUUGGGUCGAAGAGGACAGUGUCUCCAUCGCUCACCUCCGAAGCUGGCAAGUCGGGCUUUGGCUUCAAGCACGCUCCGCCCACCUAUGAAGAUGUCAUCGCUGGCCAUAUUUUGGACAUUUCUGAUUCGCCUACCGAUUUAAGGCGGAAUUUUCAACAGACGUGGCAGGAGAGUGAAAGAGUCUUUGAAAGCGUGGGAUAUGCGACCUCGGAUGCUGAGAUGAGAACCGCCUUCCAAGAGGACUCUGCCUUCCUAAGUGAAACUGCUACUCCAAGACAAGGAAACAUGUAUACUUUGUCAAAAGACAGUUUAUCCAAUGGAGUGCCUCACAGCAGACAAGCAGAGUUUUCAUAAGUCCUGCUUCCGAUGCCACCACUGCAACAGUAAACUGAGUUUGGGAAAUUAUGCAUCACUUCAUGGACAAAUAUAUUGUAAACCUCACUUUAAACAACUUUUCAAAGCUAAGGGAAAUUAUGAUG